AUGGUGGCGGCAGACGCCUUGUGUAAAAUCAUUGAGGACAAGGGCAAGCCCAUGGAUAGUGAGAGGGGGUGGUCAAUUCAACCACCAGAGGAUGUGAGGGCCCCAAUGCUGAUGGUGCAAAACAGAGCUGUGAGUGUUGAUUUUCACAUGCGAGAAACGUCAUUAAUCUGCGCUGGGUUUAAAAACGGAACAGUCGGCUGUUUUGACAUUCGGAAAGGAAACGGCGAGACUGUUAUUACGUCAGAGUUAUCGGUGAGUCACAAAGAUUACGUAACUCAGGCUAUAUGGAUUGGCAGUAAAAGCAACUCGGAGUUUUUCUCGGCUGGCGAAGAUGGUUGCGUAAUGUGGUGGGAUAUCCGAAACAUGGCGAACCCGACCGACUUUUUCUACUGUGAUCCGAACAAGAAAAACGAACCAGAAAAAGCACUUGUAGUUUCAUGUCUGGAAUACGACAGUACAAUUCCGAUAAAAUACAUGGUCGGAACUUACUGUGGCAAGAUCAUGCAGUUCAGUCGGAAGGCUAACAGCAAAGUCUUUCUUGGGGUGGGCGAUUGGACGCCUCGUAUCUGGCACGAAGACUUACGCGAGGGUUGUCUAAUGGAACUAAGUCUGGGAGAAUCAAACUUGACCGGAGGCUGCUGGUCUCCUACCAAAAUGAACUCCUUUUUCACUAUUGACGAAAACGGCAACCUCAAUUGCUAUGACUUGACUCUGAACCAUAAACAUCCGGUUUUGAAGUUUGAUGUUUCCAAUGAAACGUUGUCCUGUAUGAAAAUGGUAGACAAUGGUCAAAGAUGCUUCAUAGGCGAUACAAGCGGCACGGUUCGAGAAAUUUUACUACCGGCCAGCAUGCAUUCCGAAAAACGCGUCGAAAGAGCGGCAUUUCAUAACAUGAUUGAGAGGGAAUUGAAAAGAGAAAAGCUGGUCGAUUCCAAGAAACGAGAGGCAAAGUUGGAAAAGAAGCGACAGGCCGAGGAGGCGUCCGGAUCUGACAAUUCGAAACGAGACGAGGCCAGCAGUCCUUCGAAACGCGAGUUUGUUCAUAUAAAGCAAAGGAACCCUAGAAUCGACGAAAUCACGAAAAGGUACCAUGAGGACAUAGACCGAUCGAGUGAGAAGACACACAGAAUGUACGCUGAGAUGAUACACCACGGGAGGAGUCUGUUCCAGUUGGAUGACAAGGCGUUGGAGGAGUUGCAGAGAGACAUGGAUCUCACACAUACAGACAUGAACCACAUUGAACUACUCAUCAAUACGAUUAAGAAUGAAGAGAAAGCCAAAGCACGCAGGAGGUCAUCGGUGACUUCUGUGUCGUCGCGAGUGAAGGCGCCUCGGAGGAUCUCACACACAAUUGUGGAGGAGCCAAGAUUCAAUCCAGACAAGAACAGAAACAACAACAACACACUGGCCAUCGAAGAACAGACCGAGAUACAGUCUACCAGGAAUGCUCGUAACAUCGCGUAUUUAGCCGUAAUAACACGUAAAACAUACAUAAAACUCGGUAUUUCGAAAGGGAGGAACUGGAAAAGAGCCGAAAAUUGGCAUGGGGGGAGGGGAGAAAGGAGCCACGUUCAGUUAUUUAUCAGGUAUGGCGGCACUACCAACAUGAGCCAAGAGGUGCCCGAUUGGGAGACGGAGGACGGAGACGAGGCAGGGGGAGGGAGAGGGGGCAUCAAGGAGGAGGAGGAAGGAGAGGGCAAGUCAGCCCCGGGUGGGGAGCAGGGGACCGAAGGACGCCCAGAGGGCGGAGGAGCAAGCGGGGGAGGAGCUGAGAGCAAAAUCGAGCAAGACCGAGCAGAGUCUGAGACGAAAAAAUAA